GAUAAAACACAAAUCUCGAACACAAGGAUACAACAACCUACAAAUCAUUAUUCAUACUGUCAAGUUGAGAUAUCUUUUCUUAAAGUUGCUAUUCAAGAUGACUGCCGACGAUAGUGGCCCUGAGGAACAACCUCAGCCUUUCAAUGCUACAAAACUCGAAGCCGCAAAGAAACGCAAAAGGUCAAGUUCACCUAUGAAAGGCGCAAAGCGUGUCGCAAGAUCACCAUCUCCUUCUGAUGUCUACAAGAGUCGUAGGUCACCGUCGCCUGUCCGAAAACAAAAGCGUCCUGGCCAACGAGCACGAAUUGGUGAUUCCGAGCGCGAAGCAAUCCGACAGCAACAAAUUGAACGCGAAAGAGAGAUAGAAUCAGCUAUAGCUGCUCAAGGAAUUCACAAUGCGGUCAGAGAACAUUAUAAUGCUGUUCCACAACGAGGUAGAGAAUGGCGCAAGACGGAUAGCAAGAUCAAGGGCUUGAGAAGCUUCAACAAUUGGGUCAAGAGCACGAUCAUUCAGAAAUUCUCACCAAAUGAAGAUUACACCCCAGGAGCGCAAGAACGUGGAUCGCGUGGAGAUUAUCAAUUUGCAGAAGGACCAGAUCCAAGUCAAGAGAAAGGUCUGUUAGUUCUUGAUAUCGGUUGUGGUAAAGGUGGUGAUUUAGGAAAAUGGCAACAAGCACCCCAAAAAGUGGAAUUAUAUGUUGGCUUAGAUCCAGCAGAUAUCUCAAUUGAUCAAGCCAAGGAAAGAUAUCGUGAAAUGAAGAGUCGUGGUGGAGGACGGGGUGGCAGAGGUCGAGGUGGGUACAACAGACAACCAGCUCGAAUUUUCCAUGGAGAAUUCUUUACUCAAGAUUGCUUCGGGGAAUCAAUUGAACGAAUUCCUAUCAUUCGAGAUGUCGGUUUUGAUAGUUCUGGGGGACCUGGAAGAUUUGGUGGUGGUGGGUUCGAUGUGGUUAGCAUGAUGUUUUGCUUGCAUUACGCAUUCGAGAGCGAGGCAAAGGCUAGAACCAUGUUGAAAAAUGUCUCAGGCGCAUUAAAGAAAGGUGGUAGGCUACUUGGAUGUAUCCCUAAUUCGCACGUCAUAUCGGAUAAAAUUGAGAAGUUUCACACUGGAGUUGCCGCAAAAGCAAAAGCGCUAGAGAAUGGCGAUGGUGAGAAGACUGAGGAGAAGCUUGAAGACAACACUGAGGAUGGAGAAAUCGAGGAGGGUGAAGCUGAAGAUACAGCUCAUUGGGGAAAUGAGGUUUACCAGGUCCGAUUUCCAGGCAAAACUCCUACUGAUGGCGUCUUUAAACCACCUUUUGGAUGGAAGUACAACUUCUUCCUCCACGAGGCUGUCGAAGAAGUACCAGAAUACGUUGUACCAUGGGAGGCUUUCCGUGCGAUUGCGGAAGAUUACAACCUCGAAUUGCAAUAUCAAAAGCCAUUCAAUCAAAUCUGGGAAACCGAAAAGGACGACGAUGUCUUGGGUCCUCUGAGUGAGCGUAUGAAUGUCAGGGAAAGAGGCCAUGGAAAGCUUCUUGUCAGUGACGAAGAAAUGGAAGCUGCUAGCUUCUAUGUGGGCUUUUGUUUCUACAAGGUUUAAGCUCCCGUAGCUCGAAGGUUUCAGGCCUUUCAUGAGAUAAUACAGAUGCAUCAGCGUGGAGUCUAUUGAGCACUCCUUGGAUCGACAGCAUUGGUUGGGGUUUUGGAGCAUCAUUGGGGUUUUGCGGGGGUUUGUUUCAUUCAUUUAGUUGUGCUCAUGUGCAUCGGAUUCGGAAUGAAAGAAACAUUCAAAUAUGGGAUUGGGCCGAUAAUAAAGAUCAUGCAAUGGUUUGCCAAUGAUAGUCACAUAUUCAAUGAAUUUUGGUGGGAUCCUUCUUCAAGGCUUCUGGCAGCUGCAUCUAUGUACCAUACCAGAAAUAAAGAAGACAUACGCCCACUCACAACUUUUCA